GACGGCCGGGCCGGGCCCCGCUUGCCGCGCCUGGCGCCGGGAGGAGCUGGGGUGCUGCGGCUCCAGCCUCCCCGCCGCGGCGGGGAAGAGGCCGGCGCUGCCCUCUCCGCGCUCAGCAUCACGGCCCCGGGAGCAGCCUCCGGCGGGGCUCGGCCCGGCCGCUGCCAUGGUCCGGCCGCCAGCCUGGGAACGGGGGAACAUAUUCUGCUGGGACUGCUACCAACAUGACAUCUGCUGAUCUGGGUUCAUGGCUGCAUUUUAGGAGGUUCACUGCCAGCUGAAGGGAGCAGGACAGAACAUCACGGCACUACUGACCCGGGCAGCUCUGGACGAGGCUUCCCAGCAGCUUUUCUGUGGGGCUGAGUGACGGCAGGAGCAGCUGCAGCAAUCCAUGAGCUUGCCUUGGGAGCCUAUCAAUAGGCAAAAUCGGAGCACACCAUGGGUCAGAAGGUCACAGGUGGGAUAAAGACUGUGGAUAUGAGGGACCCUGUGUACAGGCCACUGAAACAGGAGCUCCAAGGACUGGACUACAGCAAACCCACGCGUCUGGACUUACUUCUGGACAUGCCUCCAGUGUCCUAUGAGGUGCAGCUGCUGCACUCGUGGAACAACGACGACCGCUCGCUGAACGUCUUUGUGAAGGAGGAUGACAAACUGAUAUUUCACCGGCAUCCGGUGGCGCAGAGCACAGAUGCCAUCAGGGGCAAGGUGGGCUACACGCGAGGGCUGCACGUGUGGCAGAUCACCUGGGCCAUGCGGCAGCGCGGCACGCACGCCGUGGUCGGGGUGGCGACGGCAGACGCCCCGCUGCAUUCAGUAGGGUACACCACGCUCGUGGGCAACAACCACGAGUCCUGGGGGUGGGACCUGGGGCGCAACAGACUCUACCACGAUGGCAAGAACCAGCCCAGCAAAACUUAUCCUGCCUUCUUGGAACCAGAUGAAACCUUCAUCGUGCCAGACUCCUUCCUGGUGGUUCUGGACAUGGACGAUGGGACGCUGAGCUUCAUCGUGGAUGGGCAGUACAUGGGCGUUGCCUUUCGAGGACUCAAAGGGAAGAAGCUGUACCCAGUGGUGAGCGCCGUGUGGGGCCACUGCGAGAUACGGAUGCGCUACUUGAACGGACUUGACCCUGAACCACUGCCUUUGAUGGAUUUGUGUCGGCGAGCUGUGAGGCUUGCUCUGGGCAAGGAGAGACUGAACGAGAUCCCUACACUGCCACUGCCAGCCUCCCUCAAGAGUUACCUGCUCUACCAAUGACCUUCACAUUCAAGGAUGGUUGGAACCAAGGCAAAAUGUCAGAGCUGACCCACUGAGCAAUGGGCUCUCCACCCUCGUGUCAUCACUACUGUCAGAACUCCUUGGCCAAAGUUUUCCUGCCAUGGCUUAACUCUCCAGGUGCCCUUCUUGGCAAGCUCUCAAGUAAUCCUUGUUUCACAGCUGAGUGUUUAGUUCUUUGGAAGUUGCUUCCCCAACACACUUACGAAAGCAACAUUUAGCUGAGCUCUACUUCCCUGCUUCUCCUGAGCAAAGGCAAGGCUGCAUCCUUCAGGUUGUAGAGCCUAGGAGUGAAAGUUUCUAUACCAGCUAAAGGGAAGAAAAUAAUGUAGGGGAAAGAAGGCAUUAGGAGUGGAAAUCUGAAGACCAGGUUCUAAGAAUGGAAGGGCACAGGGUGGCCAGUGGAGUUGGGAAGAGUCUGGAAUACUGAAAAGAAUUAAUUGCUGAGUGUUAAAACAAACCAAAACCAGAAUAUGAGCCCAAGCCCUGAAUCACCAAAAUCUGGACACCUUGGCAAAGGUGGUUAUGUUGCUGAUGUCUGUCUGCCAGGAUUUCUCACCAUGUUCUCGUCUGAUUUCCUGCACAGCGAAUCCUGCCUUCUUGUUCAUCACCAUUGCUUUCCCAGGUCUGCUCCAUCCUCUGUUCCAUCCCCUCCUAGUGGGUUUGACUCAUGAUUGAGCAGUCAUGCUGUGUCUUUACCUGCCCUUUUCCCGACUUAAACCUGCAGGGUUUAGUUUGGGGUCAGGGGUUCCUUGCUGACAUGAGAACAGGGAAGUGACAAACUUCUCCUGCAGUAGGGUGAGAUGAGCUGUACAAGCUGAGAUGUGUUACACACUAAAGGUCCUAGCUUUCUGUAUAGCCUCCUCCACGUUGAGGCUUUAAAGAAACAUGCUGGUGUGUUGCUCUGAUGGCUCUGCCAGGGACUCCUCUUGUUAGAUAAGCUGCUUAAAGUCAUCCAAACCAGGCCUUGUUCUGUCCUAGACAAUCGGUGUAAUCUCAACCUAACUAUGCAGCAGGAAUAGUUCUCUCUGUCUCUAGGGGUGGGAAGUCGUCCUAGAGAAGGUGGUAGCAGUGUGGCCGUGGAAAUACCAUCAGCAUCUCGUUAAGGUCUAAACAGAGGCCACUGGGGUGGUCUCUGGGCACAGCAAGAGAAAACUGAACCUUUCCAGAGCUGGGAAUGGGGGGGCAGGAGAGAACUGCAAUAAACAGGACAAGCAAUUCAGGCAAAAUCAGCACAUCCCAAAUAGAUGCUCACCUCAGUAGCCAAGUAAAGAGGAUGACACUCCUUUACUAGCAGGAGCUGCUCUCUUGACCUCUCCACAGGUUACUAUGCUGCCUUUCUGGGGUUAUUUUGCACAUUUCUUUGUCUUGAAAAAAAAAAAAACAAACCAGAAGUUUGUGUGGUUGUUGUUUCCUUUUUUUGUGUGUUUUUUUUUCUUGAGUUAUCCUUUCAGUUCUGUGUAGGUACAAAUGAGUUUAGUUGUUGAAAAUGUUAAUAUAUAUUUGUGGUGUAUGUACAAGAACAUGUUUUGAACAGCUGCUGUAGGGUACCUUUUUUUUUUAAAUAAACUACUUGCAUAGUAUAUUUUUGAAAGCACAGAAUUGGUGCCAAGACUGGCUGGGGUCUGGUGUGCCCCCUUUUUUAAUCUAAUGUUGUAUGACUUCCUUUGCUUUGAUGUAGGGGUUUGUACUUGUUUCUGUCACAGGGUAGGACACAAGAAAAUUCUGUGUAUGGAACCCUGCUUGGUUGCCUUCAGCUUGAACCAGCAUCUUCCAGAAGUCCAGGGAAGCAGCUGUGUUCUUCCUACUUGUAGUGCUCUUUGUGCUCCCUCUUCUCACUUCACCAGUACACUUUGUACAGUUUUGGAUUCUGACUUUCUAUUUUAUGACUGUAGAUAAUACUCAGUAACCUAAUAAACUUUAUUAAAUAUUACAUAA